AUGUCAACACCACACCCAACACCUCGGGCCACACUUCUCUCUACCACCUUUUGGGAAAUCCUUCCCUCACAUUACGACAAGAUCAUAAACCGCUGGUCGAAAAUCGCACACCUGCAUCACGAAGCAAAGUCUGACAUUCUCGCCACCGACCGCGCUGGUGCCGUGGCCUCUAUCAAAGCCGAACUGGAGAUGCUGGAGCAGGAUGUGGAGCAAUAUCGGAGGCUCGUGAACAGCAUCGAUAUCACGGAUAUCGCAGGCACUUAUGUUGUGGGCGGGAAGUCGCCGCAACGCGCAUUGGAAAUCGCCAAGGAGGACAAGCAGGAUUUAAAAGAGAGUUUGGAGAUGAUCGAGGAGAAGGUGAAAGAAGUCAGGGCAGAUGUGAGAUACGGGUUCGAAGAGGGAGAGUUCGACUGGUCAAUGUUCAGCACAAUGGGCGACGCUCAUAACCCUCAAGACCGCCAACCGCGAGACCUGACAUCCAUGUUAAUUGACCUCGAGGAUCGAGCCGACCGCGUAUUGACAAGUCUUUACUUGCUCAAGCAGUUAGACGAAGAAUUUGCAGCUAUCGAGUCAGUCACAAAGCAGCAAGACUGUGUCGAUCUUAUCCGCUCACACACCGAGAAAAUGGAGGCAAACCUGGAGGUCAUGGAGCGGAAAAGCGAGUUGCUAGACGAUGAACGGAUCUGUGACUGGAUCAACAACGGCAGAGGUGACACAGAGAAAGAGAACAGGAACGAGUUUCUCAAUCGAUUGAUCAAGAAGAUGGACGGUCUGCAGAAACAGAUGGCGGAAGUGAGGAGGGGUUAUGUCGGAUAG